AUGCAUCAUAAUCAAUAUAAUCAACAUCAUCAACAAACACAAUCCCCUGAACAAAAAUCAGAACAACGUUAUGCGUUAGUAGUCCAUGAUAAAUCUAAACUAAAAACAAUUAAAGUCGCCCUCGAACAGGCAAAACUGUUUGACAAACAACGGCGCAUCUCAUCAGUUGCAACUGCAUCUGCAACUGCAACUGAAACUGAAACUGAAACUGCCCCACAAUCUUCCACAGUUUUGGUCCCGGUUCUGGGCACAUCCGUAGACCUGUUGCGUGUUCAGUUGCAGCAAAUCCUCAGUGAUCCGUUUAUUGAGAUCAUCCAAGAUAACUCCCAAGAACAAGACACAAACUUUCAUUCUUCUAAAAAACAAGUUUCAUCUGCUGCUCUCAAAUCCUUAAUCCCCCGAAUUCUUAAAACCCUUCAAGUAACUCCUAACCAAUAUUCAACCCUAAUUACCCCGAUCCUUGAUGCAAAUCAAUUCCCAGCCCGCUACCAGAUCUACCCACCUCUGCUUCUUUUCUCUGCAUCAUCUUUUGGACCCGCUUGGACCCCACUCUUUACAUCACCAUCUCUAAACGCUGCCUUUUUUAAUGCCCUGCUACGUGCCGUCUCCAGUCCUAACUAUACACUUUCCCAUGUCGCUGAGAAUGCUCCCAUUGCUGAUAUUGCGGAUGUUCUGCGGCGGCCCUCGCGCCUACAUCCACUCUACCAAAUCCCGGAAUCUACCCCGUUUGACGAUCUUUGGGUUUCCACUACACAAAAUGGGGUGGCUCAAAUGUGGGCACCUGCACAUACCAUGUUUUCGCGCGGAAACGUCUCUGAAAAGGCAAGAGUCCUGAACCUUGCAAAACUCUCUGUUCAGCAAUUGGCUCCUAUCCGGCCCAUGGCUGUCGACCUUUAUGCCGGUAUCGGAUAUUUCACUUUCUCAUAUGCUCGUGCUUCUUUUGCUGCCGUGUUUUGCUGGGACCUCAAUCCUUGGUCCAUCGCUGGCCUGCACCGUGGCUCCUAUCUUAACUCGUUUACCUCUGCACAGUUUGCUACCCACGACGCGUCUUCCGUACCAGAUAAGGACCCGCCUGUCUUGAAUACCAGCGAGUCUCUGGCCAUUUCUCAGUUUUUACUUUAUCACAAGUCCCAGGCCCUCAUUGUGUUCCAAGAAGAUAACCAGCGCGCACAUGAACGUCUCCGCGCUUUGGCCGCAAUCAUCCCGCUACCCAUCGCACACAUCAAUCUGGGGACUCUCCCGUCUACGGAACUGGCAUGGCCCACAGCCAUGGCCAUCUGUACCCUGUCUUCAUGCCGUUCUGUCGCCCUCCACGUUCAUGCAAACGUCCCGGACCCGCAAAUCCAAUCCUGGACUGAUGAAACUCUGCGCAAUUUGCAAUCUCUUGAUCCAUCCGUCUCCGUCACUUUCACCCAUCUUGAGCGCAUCAAGACAUAUGCUCCAGGCAUCUGGCAUGUAUGCGGAGAUUAUCUCGUCACAAAACAACCAUAG